CAACAGACAGCCUGGGGUUUGGGUAACUCUAUCAUGCAAGGAAUUGCAAGUAUCUUUUCCGUGGAACUGCCUAGUGCUGUGAGACAUUCUUCAUCUGCACCCCUGGUGUGGGCCAUCUGAGGAGGAAAAUCUCAUCAACUUCUAGAGAUGCAGCCAGGUUUAUGAUCACUUUCUUUUGCAGUUGACUUUUAAGGGAGAUAAUCUUAUCAGGAGGAGGUCUGGAGGGAAGGUGAGUUACAGGUGAUAAGAAAUGAGUGUGAUGAUGCCCUGGCUGCUGCUCCUGCUGCUGGUCAGCUUUGGCUCACCCGCACCCAGGUUUUCGGAAAAAGAUAUCUGCCUCCUAGACAACAAUAAAUUAAGACAAAGGUCAAAACAGCUUCAAGACUUGCUUUUCUUAUAUGAACUACAACUGAAGGACAUCCUGGAGAACACUUAUCAUAGAACAAGCAGUGGGCUGUCCUCAGGCAACAGGAGCAUGCAGCAUAUGACGCUUUUACCCACAACCAGUGGAAAUUUGAUAGUCUACGACCAAGAUUGCUCUGCUGUGUAUGAUCGGAAGAACACCAAAAACGGCUACUACCGGAUCAGGCCCAGAGCAGACAGAGAGCCGUUCCUGGUGUACUGUGACAUGUCUGAUGGCGGCGGCUGGACUGUCAUCCAGCGGCGCAGUAAUGGCAAGGAGAACUUCAACAGGAAAUGGGAUGAUUACAAACUGGGAUUUGGGAAAUUCCAGGGCAGGAAUGAUGAAUACUGGCUGGGCAAUGACCACAUCUAUGACCUGCUCACUAGAGGAGAGAACUCAUUAAAGAUUGACCUGAUGGACUGGCAUGGGGAAAGACGUUAUGCAGUCUAUGAAAAUUUCCAGCUUGCAAAUGAGCAGGACAAUUACAGGUUAUGGUUUGGCACCUAUUCUGGUAAUGCUGGUGACGCUCUGUCUGGUGGGAGCAAUUUUGAAGAUCAGUGGUCAGCCUCUCACAGAGGGAUGCAGUUCACCACAUCUGACAAGGAUCACGAUCGAUUCCUGGCAGGCAACUGUGCAUCUGAGAACAAGGGCGGCUGGUGGUUUAACAGGUGCCAUGCUGUGAACCUCAAUGGCCGGUACUACAGAACAGGAAGGUACAAUGGAUCCCAUGAUGAUGGCUUGGUUUGGUCUACAUGGCGUGGGGUGUGGUACUCACUCAAAUACUCUGCCAUGAAAAUCAGGGCUCCAUUCUUUGUUGACAGUGAGAGUGGAGAUGGUGAGAACAGUCAGGGCAGCUGAAACCUGCUGCUUUGGAAAGAAGUCCAGGCUGAAGGGAAUUGUACAAGUUAACAGCCAACCCUCCGCUCCUGCCAACCACCAAAUCUGCACUGCGAUAACUGGAGUUGCUGAAGCUAACAUUGUGAGUUGUUUGAGCACAGCCAGAGAAUAAUUUGACAGAAAACACAUGGAUCUAGUCUUGGAAUAAACGCAGCAAUUUUCAGCACUCAUUAGAGAGUGUUUUAGAAAAGCUCUCUGGACCUUGAAUGAUUAAGAAUGUCCUUUUAGCUAUUUGUACUCUUAAAGGGCCAAAUCCUUCUUAUCCUAACUUUAACCAUCAGUGUUUCAGUUACGAGAAUGUAAGAAACAAGGUGAUGGUGAACUGGACUUCAUCUGGUCUACCUACAUUAGUGGAUCAGAAGAAUGUUUAACAGCUGUUAUCUGUGGUCCCCAACUGCCACAAUUCAGUUGCAGAACACUCCUGGAGACUGUGAAGCCAAGGCAGUGACAUGCUACAACUGCUAAUGUGAAUCCAGACUAAGGCUACUUCAAAGUAAAUCCCUACAACACGGACAGCUUGGGCACUGGGUUUGGUUGCCAAGUGUGUCGGGCUGCAGAUCCACUUCUGCAGCACACCGCGACAUAUUAAGGCAAAGACAAUGCUGCCAAUCAGAUUUAAGCCCCAGAUUAAAAUGAAGCAGAUUUUGCUGAAUUUAAGAUAAGCACAGACACUCUUAGGCGUUCAUAAAACACAGUCAUGAUUCAUUUGUACGUUCUCGUGUAAUUUACCACUAACUUUGAGUUAGUGAAGGGGAAUGUGAAAGUGGAAAGGGGUUGAACAGUAAGGCCCACUGCUUUCCUUGUAUCAGUGGAGUGAAAUGAAAGAGCAACACAAUUGGAUACC